AUGUCUUUGGAGAAUAUGAAUCAAGUUAGAUCAGUUUUAAAACAUUUCAUUGCUAUAGAACAAAGCGAAGGUAUGGGUGCUCGUGUUAGAAGGUCUGUUGGUACUCAUGAAAUGAGAAAAUUCUUACCAUUUUUAAUGUUAGAUCAUUUUACUGUUGCCCCGCCAGCCGGGUUCCCUGAUCAUCCACACCAUGGCCAAGAAACUAUUACAUAUAUUAUUGAAGGUGCGGUAGCUCAUGAAGAUAUCACUGGAUCCAGAGGUGUUUUAAGACCAGGUGAUUUACAAUUUAUGACUGCUGGCAGAGGGAUUGUUCAUUCAGAAAUCCCAGUUUCCUUUGCUGAUAACAGAGCUAGCAAAGGGUUGCAGUUAUGGGUUGAUUUACCGGAAAAGUUAAAGAACACCCGCCCAAGGUACCGCGAUUUGAGGAGGGAAGAAAUUCCUACUGCUAAACCAAAUGAAAAUGUAAGCGUGAAAGUCAUUAGCGGCAAUUCCUAUGGGGUUGAAUCUUUAGCUGAUUUGGCUUAUACUCCGAUCCAUUUUUAUUAUUUCACUUUAAACAAAAACAAUGUUGAGUUUGAACAAGGUUUCCCCAAGGAUUUCAAUGUUUUUUUGUAUGUUUUAAAAGGUUCCGUUUCAAUUAAUAAACAGGUUUAUCCACAGUAUUCAGCAGUAUUUUUCAAAGCAGAUGGGGAUUCUAUUAGGGGUGUUUCUUCCAGUGAAAACACUGAGUUUGCUGUUAUUGGAGGUCGAAUUUUAGAUCAAGAAGUUGUUCACUAUGGCCCCUUCGUUGAAACUUCCAAAUCAAAACUAAUACAAGUCAUUAAAAAUUAUCAAGAAGGUAAGAAUGGGUUUGAGAGGGCUCAAUAUUGGACUUCUUCUAUUAGUAAUGGUAUUGAUGAAUCCAGAGCCAAGAAAAUCCUACAACAAUCCAAUUUAACUUUUUAA